UUCAAAAAUGGUAACUUAUUUCCAGGUUUGAGGAUUCUUUCCUGCAUCACUCUGUUGGCUUUUCCAGGUUUUCCUGUUAAUUGUAAUACUGGUGGUCCAUCUCAGAUACAUAGUCUCUGGUUAAGCUCAUGGCAGUUGGUUUUAGGUCAUUAGACACGACAGUGCCUUGGAAACCUGCCUGAAAACAGUUUUCUUAGGAGGAACCUUUCAUAGUUAUUAUGGGUAACACAGGAGUACAUACAUGUUUAAUCUCCACAAACCUGUGUUUUUCUGAUCAGUUCAUCCCACCAUUUCUAGUCUCUAUUUCUAAUGGCUGAUGUCCAGACGCACCGGCAUCCACUGCUGAGGCCAGUUUCCCAUUAACCCAAAUUCAUAUCAGCUGCUCAGCACGAGCAAGAAAUAAAAUGUGACACACCCAGAUAUGAAACUGACGUUCAGCGAAUAUCAAUACAGAUAAACUAAGCUCCAUGUUAGACUCCAUGCUUCUGUAGUAUUCAGAGAGUGCCAUGCAGGAAGGAGAGGAGAGGAAGUGAGGCGAUGGGCUGCACCUCAGCCAAGCAGUUGUCAUCUGUACCCAGUGAUGACGAGGGCCGGGGUAAGGCCUACAGCAACGGAGAUGCCUUCUCCGAUGAGUACAAACUGAAAGGAGUUGAGAAGGUGAAGUACAUGCAUGGAGAAGAGGAGCGCACGAACACACGAAACCAAGAGAACUUGGAAAAGAGCACAUUUUUGCACAAGGGCAGGCAUAAAGAUGCCACCGGGAAUAGUAAUAAGAUAAGCGUCCACUCUUCAGAGAGCCAGCAGGACUUCUUCAGGAUGCUGGAUGAGAAGAUUGAAAAGGGACGGGACUACUGCUCGGAGGAUGAGGAUAUGACAUAGCAUGCUGAGACGUUUGACUCGCGCCACCAUUGAGUCACUCCUGUCCCAAAGUUCCUUGUGCUUACUUUCCAUGCCUCCUUACCCAACAAGUAUUAAUCUUCAAGAGCGUGGGGUCAAGUGACAUUCAGCCCUGUUAUCCACUCUGUUUACAAUCUACACAUUCUCCCAAAUGUCUUACAGGUCAGUUUUUGAGACCCUUGAGGACUCGUAUUUAACCAGCAGGAUGGAAUGGAAAUCCCAUGUUUAAGGAGACUGGGAUUUGGCCUAAGUUUUGAAUGGGAAAGCCAUUUUCAGACUGUUCCUCAGUCCCUUGCCUUACACUACCCAUAAGCCUUCUCCUACUCAUAGACUACAUUCAGUGGAGAGAGCCGUGCAGAGAUUCCUGGAUUUCGCUCUUCCUUUGACAAGAACACUACACAUGGUGAACCAGCGGUGGAGAUGAUAUCUCCAUAGGAGGACUUACUUACCAAGAGACUUAACGUGAUUUUGUCUAGGUCAUGCUGUUAAGACACAGGAAGUGAAAGCAUUCAAACACAAACACAAGGCCAUCUCUAGCAUUCCAAUUGUUUUUUUUAACAACGUGAGCAAGUAUUUUUCACCCACAGUGUAUUGUGUGUCUUUUUUUACCUUUUUAUUUGAGUUAUGUUACAUUGCUCAUGACAGCAGUGCUGUAUGUAUCAUCACUAGAUUUUUUUGUUUGAUGAGGGCAGUGCAGUUCCUUCAGGGCCGGUCUUGAGGAAGUGUUGGGCAGUGGAGAUAGAUCACAGCAUCUAGCCGUGUUUAGAGACACCAGUUACAGUAUCUUAAAGUCAUGUAGUUUUCAGAUAACUCAUUUUAUUCUAUAUAACAGGUGGAUAUCAUACGUUCGCUUGGCAUUUAUAGUCACUAUUCUUGAGUUGAAAACCAGUACGAGUUUAAAAACCAGCCUUCAGAAAGUUUUACAUGGAUACGUUUUUAUUACUAGGAAGUGCUUCUUCCUUUUACAGUGUGACAGUUAUUUGCCAUAGCCUUAAGCGCACAGUGCUUUCUUUUCUGAAAUGAGAGACAACAGUAAGCCAUUAAUUUUACACUAAAGUGAACCGUAUCCCACAUGUAUGCUUAAGUUCUCUAUGUACACAGAUGGGCCAAACAAUAUUGCCAAAAAUGCAAGUGUGAUGCUGAGUGAAAGAAUAAAUAAAUACAUAAUGACCAGUUAACCAA